UAGCCAAGCGGAUUGCCAGAGUUCGCCAGCGACGAGAACUACCGAGUACCGAGAACGGAAGUCCGAAACUUCCAAUAUCGGAAUACCAAAAGUUUGAAUUUCCGUGGCAGAAACGAAUUCUAGCGCCCCGGUGCGCAUACGCCGUGUGUGUCAAGGCACAAUAAAAAUAGUUUUAAGAUCGGUUAAAGUGCCGCCAGCACGUGCAUUAUCUGAAGCACUUCGUCGCCGCUUGUUUUUGUUUUUUUUUUAACACUUGAUAUUCAAAAUGGCCAAAACUGGCCCCCUUUUGGCGGGCAUAUUCAUAAUAAUAUGCGGAUGCCUUUUAGCAGAUACUCAAGCGGAAGCAGCAAUUGGCAAUGAAAGCCAUUUUCUAGAAAUAUCACUGCGGUAUUUUGACGAGCAGCUUCUGCUGGAUAUUCUGCCACGUGCCACGUGUCCUGGAGAGGAUGAGGGAUCUCCGAUGGACGAAUUCGCCGACCUUUUUACGGUGGAACAACUCCGCCAGGGCUGGGUGGUCCUCCACGUCUUUGCCGCAGUUUACUUUUUCAUCCUACUGGCUAUUAUCUGCAAUGACUACUUCCUGCCAACGGUGGAAUGCAUCUGCGAGGACUUGCACCUGUCAAAGGACGUCGCGGCGGCCACUUUUAUGGCAACGGCUACUUCCAUGCCCGAGUUUUUCACAAACACAAUCAGUACGCUAAUCUUGGAGUCGGAUAUGGGUCUUGGGACGAUCAUCGGUUCGCUAAUGUUCAACACACUGGGCGUGGCUGGACUGGCCGCACUCGCCAUCGAUAAGCCGGUGCAGCUGGACUGGUGGCCAAUAGCACGCGAUUGCUUUAUCUACAUAUUCAACACGAUUAUCCUGCUGGUCUUAGCAUGGGGCGGAAGUAUUAGCUUUACAGAGUCGUGCAUAAUGAUGGGAUUCCUAGUACUCUACUAUUUAAUCACGUUCAACAACAAUAAGUUUAUGCCAUCCAUCCGCGUGUUUAUCGAGGACCGGAUGAACUGUUGCUUCUCCACACGAUAUGACCUUACGGAGCCUCCAGAGAACAGUGCUAAGGCCCAGCUGCCGCUCAAAAAGGACCCACUUUCCGGCGAUGGCCUCUUUGUGGUCAAUCUUCCCGAAAACACUUCAUCCAUGUCCUCCACAGCUAACCUCACAUACUCUAAGCACUGGAAUGGCGAGGAUGACGAGCAGGGUGGUAUGCCCGACAGCAUAUACUCUUAUCCGCAGGAUGUUUCUGGAUGGAUGCAAUUUUGGUGGAUCUUCGUCUUUCCCAUUAAGUUCACACUGUCCCUGCUCAUCCCGCACCCGAUGAGGUAUCGCCGUCUGUAUCCAUUAUCCUUCAUCAUGUGCAUCCUAUGCAUCGGUGGGAAUGCCUAUCUUAUUGUCUGGAUGCUGACUGCCUUCGGUGUGGCAAUCCAUGUACCCACUAUUGUGAUGGGUCUAACCUUUCUGGCGGCUGGGUCUACUAUGCCAGAAGCCGUGUCCAGUCUUAUUUCGCUAAGAAAUGGUGAAAAUGGCAUUGGAGUUUCAAAUUCGUUGGGUGCCAAUUCGCUGGCCAUCUUGUUGUCCUUGGGAGUGCCGUGGUUCAUCAAGAACUGCAUCCACUACGGAACUGGGGAGCCCCAGCAGGUUGGCACCCAGGGCAUAGAGUACAAUAUUCUGAUCCUGAUCAUCUCCACGGUAGCUCUUUUCGUAAUCCUCAGUUUCAGUGGCUAUCGCCUUACCAAGAGGGUGGGAGUAGCCCUCUUCACAGUCUAUGGGGUCUUUAUCAUUCUGCAGAUCCUUAUCGAGAUGAAUGUCUUCUUUCCCAGAGACUGCAGUAGCUAGUAAUGAAACUGCAUUUGGAAACCCAAAGAUGGGGAAAAUCAAAAUUAUGGUGCUGGCACCAUAAGGCUAUAACCCCAGCAAACCCAAUUUCAGGUCUGAAUUCGUUUUUAACAAUUUUUGGGUACUACUAGAUCUGAUCAGCUUGGAUUCAAUUGAGACGAUAAAUCCGACUUAAUGUAACUUGCUAUUAUCAAUUUAAUAAGCAACCAAAAAUCAGAUACAGUGCAUACCCAGUAUUUUUUUUACACUAGUUUACGCUUUGAUUAUUGCCUAAGACUGUCAUUAGGUUUAGACGACAAAGCUUUCAGCAGCGACUUUUUUUAUUUCGCGUUAUACACAUAUUGUUAAUGUUUCUGUGUAUAUUCAAUAGCAUGUAAUACCACCCAAGAAUGUUUAAACCGUUACCAAAGUCCAAAAUGAGAUAGUAGCAUUAAUAUUUACCAAUACUGCCCAGGCCCGAAAACGCAAUGAAAAAUUUACAAGCCCACAUACAAAAACCUUUUUUGAUAUUGUGCUCUUUCAUGUAUGCUUUGCGCAGUAGAAAGGAUUUGUUAAUGUUAUUGAUUACCCUUAAUGCCAUUGUUAUUAACUUAUAAAUACACACUAAGACAAAUGUUA